GUUGGGUUCUCUUUCCCACAAUCCUAUGUGAACAAAGCAGGCAAUGAAUAAAUGAUAUUCGUUCAAAGGGGCUUGGCGCAGUUGGCUGGAUGGUGUUGAACCAACAAUGUCACAGCGCAUUGACCCAGGGCGAGGAGUCAACGUGAACAUGAUGUAUUCACUUUCUACCUUUUUGCCCCACCAUGCAUAGACACUGCUAUCAUCAUGACUUCUAUCUCCAGCACCAGCUCAGGCUCCUCAGGAGAGAUAUAUGGCUUGGGUAUUCGCCUUGGUUUGUAUCUGCAUUGGGCAUCAUUGCUUCUGUUGCGGGUGACCUGCUACGAUCAUGGGCCUCUCUUCGUCGUGUACGCACCAGCUGCCUUCUGAUCUGCUGUGCAGUUUCGGCCAAGUUCCUGGUUGAAUAUAUUCCUCCGGACUUCCUUAUUGUGUAUUACUUGAUGGUCGUGCUCUUUCUCCAGGACUCGUAUAAUCUCUACGAAAGGCGCAAUGAGCCGAACACAGGAUUUCGGUAUGAGUUACAGCCGGAUGUCGUCCUUUUGUCGCAGAACGUGUUCUGUCUGGCUGCGAAUGCUGUCUCUGCUUGGUACUGGAUCGAUGGAAUCAACCAUGUCCCAAGGGAAAGAAAUGACAGCAAAGGGGCGCUGUUGGGAACGUUCAGCCUGUACUGUAUGGCACAUCUUGGCGCAGAUUCGCCGCAGCUUUCGCGAUCAUGGUGGCGAUCUUCUUUUUGGUACUGUGCGGCUUCCAUCAAAUGGGCUUAUACUUCGCCAAAGGACCCGUCAAGCGACAGCGGCAGUACUUUCUGUCAAAGAAACAUGCUUGUCCCAACUUUUUCCCCUUCGAAAACAAAGUUGAUCUUUUCGGACCGAUUCUGCGACCAAAGCUUCCGACCGCCGCGAAAGUAUCACGUGCGUAUAGCAGCAAACCAAAGAAACUUCCGAAAAGGUUGUUACUUUUCGCGCUGCGACUGAUAUAUUGGUCGGCGAUGCAUCUUGGUUGUUCGGUUAUCGCGAUCGUAUCCGUCGAGCGAAUGAUCCUGGCUAAUAGAUUGCAAACCAAUCCUAUCCCCGGGUCAGUGGGUCAGAUACUUGUAUUAGCUAUUGGUGCUGCUAACCUGGUUGCUGUGCUUUGGGAGAUAACGCGGAACUUUUGGUGCGAGGCUCGGAAGUCACAUUCUCGCUUGCAGGAUACGCUCAGUAUGCACACAUAUUUCUCCUUCAGGCCUGUGGAAGAAGAGCAAUUGGAACUGGCGUUGCAAGAGCUACUCUACUCGUGUCGCGAUUGGAGCCUUAUCCCCGGGCUGUACGUCAUGGAUUACCGAGAAGAGUCUCUCGAUUCGCUGCUCCGAACGGCGUUGUUACGUGAACUGGUGAAAAGGCUGAAUGCGACCGUGAAGGAGGGCAAUGACCCAACGCCGAUCGGGAAAUACCUGGAAAUUCGAGCGGUAGACAAGAUGUGUCCAAGUAACGACGAAAAUGCGGGUCGUGAAGAUGUCGCAUUAAGCCAGGCAGCUGCACAUGGCCAUCUCCGAAUUCUGCAGGCUCUUCUCGAAGAUUAUGGAGGGUGUGGCAACGGCAACAGGAGGAAAGUUUCUUUACCCGGUCGCGACAAGGAUAACUUUGAGAUUCUUCUGCCCUUUCUCCAAUCUGCGGAAGAAGUCAGGAAUCUUUGCGAGUCGCUCAAGUUUGCAGAGUACGCUGCAGGGAUGACGUCUCAAUGGGAGAUACUUGGCUUGCUUGAGAAGAGUCAGGAUUAUCUUAGGGAACAGGAGAUGCAGUCCGAGGAAAAGUGGGAUACGUCUUCAACGGCAACAGUACCCGAGUCGCUGGAUCAGGGGCUCGAUUGACAGCAUAAGUAGGUUGGCGGUCGAUAAAGGCAUUUGAGAAAACAUGUAGAUAGGAAUCGGUUAACAAUCUUGCAUGUGUUCAUGUUUCUUGUUCGACGCGUCUGUCGGGUUGCUCAGCUCAAAUGGGCAGGAUGCCAGAAUGGAUCUUCCAGCUG